ACUCUGGGGGAUGGCCCCUACAACAGCUCAAUGAGUAGGGAGAGACCAUUAGACUGUUCGCUGGGUGUUAGAGAGAGGUUGAAGGAGGUUUGGUAGAGGGUUAGAUGGUAGCAUAGAGGGAUAGCAAGUUUCAAGAACCUGCAAACUGCAAUUUUUAAAAAAAAGUUAGUAAUUGGUUGCAUGUAUAAAUACAGGUACCUGUAGAGUGUGUAGCUUUUCAUUUACUCCGCAGAAGCCAUCUCUAGAUCAAAUUUGGUUGAAUGUGCAAUCUUGUAUUUCUCUGCAUGUAGCCUGCAAACUAGAAGUAACUUUUCGCCAUUGAAUCUACUCCUCUGUGCUGCUUUCGCUGAGUCUAACCUUGGCAUCAAGUUCAGUUUUGUCCAUCUUUUCAGCAGGAGUUUACAUUCCCACUGUGGUUAAGACUGGAGUUGUUCUGACUCAUCAUGAGGAGCCUGUAUGUAUCGGUAGCUCUGCUGCAGCUCAUUGGGAUUUGCUUAUGCCAAUUCCCUCGCCCAUGUGCCAACUCAGAGGGACUACGGACCAAAGAGUGUUGCCCGGUGUGGGAUGGUGACGGCUCAGCCUGCGGUGCCCUGUCAGGCCGUGGUUUUUGCACUGAGGUGGAGGUCUCAGAUGAGCCCCAUGGGCCCCAGUACCCACACAGAGGGAUUGAUGACAGAGAGCGCUGGCCUUUAGCUUUCUUCAACCGGACGUGUCGUUGUGCUGGAAACUAUGGAGGUUUUAACUGUGGUGAAUGCAGGUUUGGUUACUGGGGUUCAAACUGUGCUGAAUACAGGGAAUCAGUGCGCAGGAAUAUCCUGACCAUGUCAGCUGCGGAGCAACAGAAGUUUAUCUCUUAUCUGAACCUGGCCAAGAACACCAUCAGCAGUGAUUACAUGAUCUCCACAGCAACAAGAGCAGAGAUGGGUGAAAAUGGUGAGAACCCCAUGUUCUCUGACAUCAACACCUACGACCUGUUUGUCUGGAUGCACUACUAUGUGUCCCGGGACGCCUUCUUAGGAGGGCCAGGGAACGUAUGGAGGGACAUCGACUUUGCCCAUGAAUCUGCAGCAUUUCUGCCAUGGCACCGAGUCUACCUGCUUCACUGGGAAAAUGAGAUAAGGAAGCUGACGGGAGAUUUCAACUUCACUAUCCCAUACUGGGACUGGAGGGAUGCCCAGUCCUGUGAGGUGUGCACCGAUGCACUGAUGGGCGGACGCAGCUCCUUCAAUCCUAACCUCAUCAGCCCUGCUUCAGUCUUCUCCUCAUGGAAGGUGAUCUGCACCCAGCCAGAGGAGUACAACAGCCGAGAGGCAUUGUGUAACGCUACCGGGGAGGGUCCACUGUUGCGUAACCCUGGCAACCAUGAUCCAAACCGCGUGCCACGACUCCCCACAACAGCUGAUGUGGAUUCCAUUGUGGGCCUCCCCGAGUAUGAGACGGGAGCCAUGGACCGAUUCUCCAACAUGAGCUUUAGAAACACUAUAGAGGGUUUUGCCAAUCCAGAGACAGGUAUGGCAGUGCUAGGCCAGAGCACCAUGCACAACGCCUUGCAUGUCUUCAUGAACGGCUCCAUGUCCUCAGUGCAGGGUUCAGCCAACGACCCCAUAUUCCUGCUGCACCAUGCUUUCAUUGACAGCAUCUUUGAGCGCUGGCUCAGGACCCACCAGCCUCUUCGGACCAGCUACCCACGUGCCAAUGCCCCCAUUGGCCACAAUGAUGGUUACUACAUGGUGCCCUUCCUGCCUCUCUAUAGAAACGGAGACUACUUCCUGUCCAACAAGGCUCUAGGAUUUGAGUAUGCCUACCUGUUGGACCCUGGCCAGAGGUUUGUUCAGGAGUUCCUGACGCCCUACCUCCAGCAGGCCCAGCAGAUCUGGCAGUGGCUCCUGGGAGCCGGGAUCCUUGGGGCGCUGAUCGCUGCAAUCAUUGCUGCGCUGCUUGUUGUUGCAAGAAGGAAGUGGAAGCGUAACCAGAGGAGGAAGAGGGCGUCGAGCUACGGAGAGAGACAGCCACUACUGCAAAGCAGCUCAGAGGAAGGUUCAUCUUCAUAUCAGACUACUCUGUAACACACACAGAUGCUGUACAUACAGCUGUAUAUGAAUGUACAAAUAUUAGGGACACCUAGUAUUUUCACGAAGCAAAUGAAUGGGAUGAAUCCUGGUACAAGACCUCAUUUGUUAGUGUUUUCUUACAAUAAAUCUAUUUAAAGUUUAAAAUUUAGAUAUUUACUGCUGAGACUUUUGCACCCCAAUACAAUGGAGGUGACGUGAAGUUAAUUUGUGUUGGCCAUAUCAUUGAAAAAUGUCUGCAACAUGUCUUUGCCGAAACACUGUCACAGGUUUCACAGGUUAAAAAAGAGUUUUAAAAAAACAUUUGAUUUUUGCAGAAUUUCAAGCGUUUUCCAAUAUUUUUUAAGUUUUGGAAGCAACAAAAAACAAAAUUUGUAUUGGGGUGUGUAUUUGGGUAGUGACUGAAGACACAGUGGUAGAUAUCUCAGCAAAUAAAACUUAACCGAUUUGCAUGGCUACUUAUCACUAGCAGUACGUGGGAUUUAGGUGAACUGACACUUUGAGGUUUGAGACAAUUUAAAAGGAGAUUAUGGACAAGGAGCAGGAACCCAACAUCAGGUAGACGUCCCUAAUAUUUUAUACAUUCAGUAUCUUUGUGUGACACAAAAACUGACAGACUUUCAGAGCCAUUAAGUGUUCAUUAUUACAAUGCAACACGUGUCUGUUCAAAUGAAAAUGUAAAGAUUUAUACACUACACAGAGUAUUUUCUUGUGGGUAUUUGAACUGUGACUCGUGUCAGGUGAAAGCGCUCACCUUGGAGUACAUUUACUGUCAAUUUACACAAGCUACUCAGCAGUCAAUGACAGCAACUGUGUUUGGAUCAGCAAAAAAUGUGAUGUGAUGUGGAUAUUCCUUCCUUGGCAACUUUUAAUUGAUUUUCCUCACUGACCUGAAACACAGAUGCAUAUUACAUAAUUUAUUCUUUCAUUGUAUGGUACUCUAUUUGACUGUGAUUCUGUUUACAAGACAUAUACUGUAUGUAAAUACUGUAUGUUUACUAAAGUAUGCAGAGUUAAAUAAAAUGCAACUGAAUUGACUUUAGCUCAAGGAAAGGUUAGAAGAAAAGGAAGUAUUUAAGAUCAUUCAAAUUCAGGCCAGGUCUGCUGUUCUGCAGUUGUCGUGAAUCCUCAGGUUGUAAAAGUCACAUUAUUUACCCCCUCAUACUGAAUAAAUCAGUGUCAGAACAAAAUUAAAGUACUUGCUCCUAAAUUACCUUUCUCUUCAUUAGUAAACAUGCAUUAAUUCAGAAUUUCUAGAAUAACUGAGAACCAAGAGUAUAUGUACUCCUUUGUUGUGAAUUUGUAUACGUCAAAAUGGUCAAGUACAACCAUUCACAGAUUUCCCUCAUUUUAAACAGGUUACAUACUGCAUAAGUGUCUUUGAGUGUGAAACUUUACUCUGUUUUAAAUCACUGACCAAAUCUCCAACUUGUGUGUAAGCUCUGGUGCUAAAAGACCACCGUGUGCUAUAAUGCCUGUGAUCUUUGACAAGCAAAGAAAAUGUAGAUGGUAUCAUGAUAAAGAUGAAUCAUGAGUUUGUAUAUGGUGCAUUAAAAUCACACGAUUUUGAUGA